UUUCUUUCUAACUAUUAACACUUCACUUCUUUUCUCAAAUUAGACUCUAGCUCUAGCAUACCAUGACCACCGAAUCCACUAAGGAUCCAAAAUCCGUGUACGAUUUUACUGUCAAGGAUGCUAAGGGCGAUAUUGUUGAUCUCUCCACUUACAAGGGAAAAGUUCUGCUGAUUGUCAAUGUUGCGUCUAAAUGUGGCUUGACCAACUCCAAUUAUACGGAGCUGAAUGAAUUAUAUGAGAAGUACAAAGACAAAGGACUGGAGAUUCUGGCAUUUCCAUGUAAUCAAUUCGGUGAGCAAGAACCCGAAAGCAAUGAUAAAAUUGUGGAGUUUGCCUGCACUCGCUUCAAAUCAGAAUUCCCCAUCUUUGAUAAGAUUGAAGUGAAUGGGGACAAUUCUGCUCCUCUGUACAAAUUCUUGAAGUCAGGGAAAUGGGGAAUUUUUGGGGACGAUAUUCAGUGGAACUUUGCCAAGUUUCUGGUUGAUAAUGAUGGGAAUGUGGUGGGUCGCUAUUAUCCCACUACUCCUCCUCUAAGCCUUGAGCGAGACAUCCAUCAGCUUCUGGGAAUUUCUUGAAGGCAAAGAUACAACUUGGCAGAGAGGACGUGAUGAAUUUCAAGCAUGUCUUCAAAGUUCAUUAUGUUUCCCUUGUGUAAUAGUGGCAAUGUUGUGCAUAAAAUAAGGUUAUGCCAGUUCCUACUUAUACUUAUGGACAUAAUGUAUGAUAUCUGGUUUUAUUGGGAUUUUAGCAUAUGUCAUGCCAUAUAGUGACAUCUUCCUUUGCAUU